UGAACUGAACCCCUAGUUUUGGAGGGGUCAAGAGGUUCCCCCCUUCCUCUCUUUCUCCAAACAAACUUUUCCGGUAAUAUAUAUACCUGAAAUACCCACCAAGCUCCAUUCUCCCCUUUCUUCAGUUCCUCUCACACACAUUUCUUCUCCACAUUCUCGCCAAUGGCUGCUCCUGCAUUCCCCCUCUGAGCUCCCUCCAACUCCAUCUCCAUACAUAUAUACACACACAUCUCCUUCGUAUGUUGUACACGCACAUGCACAUCUCGGCAACAAUGGACGUACUCGCCGAAAAAGCGAAAUGGGUUUUGGCAUUGAUUGGGAGACUCAUAAACGAAACUCUGGGAUUCAUCGUCUUCUCCUUCCUAGAUCUCCUCGACUUCGUCCUCUGUUUCGUUUACAAAGCGGUGGACUUCCUUGUGGAGUCCGAGUGGAAGCCCUGCUACUGCGGCUCCUCCGCCAAGGAGGCCGCCGUCACAGGCGGAGGAGGCAAGAUCCUAGUCGUCUCCGAGCCCGGACAGUCCAAGGUCGUGCGCCUCAUCUCCAGCAAGCUUCAGCUGGAAGAGAUAUCCGACACGCUCUACACUCGCCCCUCCUCUCUCUCGGAAGUGUCGAAGUUUACGGUCGGGGAGCUGAGACGGCUCAACAGGGUGGAUGACGUGGCAGUGGUCAAAUCUAGCAAGAAAGCAGGGUCCGUGAGGUCGACGGUCACAGUUAACUCCACCGUGAUAGAGAUGAUACAGGGGAAGAUCGGAGGGCAAAGAUUGUAUCCUGUUCCUCGGUGGUCGGAUUGCGACUGUGGGACCUGCACUUCUUGGUCCUCCUCCGCCGCUAAAGGAAGUGCUCUUUUCGUUCGGACACAUGGCGCUAAAAGCGGGAAAGCGCGGGAGAACGUAUUGUUCAUCCACGGGUUCAUAUCGUCGUCGGCGUUUUGGACGGAAACGGUGUUCCCGAACUUGUCGGUGGCGGCGAAGUCGAGCUACCGGCUGUUCGCGGUGGACCUCUUGGGGUUCGGCCGGAGCCCGAAGCCUACUGACUCGCUGUACACGCUGAGAGAGCACUUGGACAUGAUAGAGAAAUCGGUGCUGGAGCCGCACAGAGUGAGAUCCUUCCACAUCGUCGCCCAUUCCUUGGGUUGCAUUCUCGCCCUCGCCCUUGCCGCUAAAUAUCCCGGCUCCGUCAAGUCCCUCACCCUCCUUGCCCCUCCAUAUUUCCGGGUACCGAAGGGCGAGCAGGCGACGCAGUACGUGCUGAGAAGGAUAGCGCCGCGGCGCGUGUGGCCGCUGAUAGCGUUCGGCGCCUCCUUGGCCUGCUGGUACGAGCACAUCAGCCGCACCGUCUGCCUCCUCAUCUGCAAGCACCACCGCCUCUGGGAAUUUCUCACCAAACUCCUCACCCGCAACAGGAUUAGGACGUUCCUAUGUGAAGGAUUCUUCUGCCACACACACAACGCCGCGUGGCACACCCUUCACAACAUCAUAUGUGGGACCGCCGGUAAAAUCGAUGGAUACUUGGACGCCGUCAGAUCGCAGCCGGACUGCCACGUGGCCCUAUUCCACGGCCGUGAUGACGAGCUCGUCCCCACCGAAUGCAGCUACAGCCUGCAGAGCAGAAUCCCCCGGGCCCGCCUGAAGGUGGUGGAGAAGAAGGACCACAUCACCAUCGUCGUCGGCAGGCAGAAGGCCUUCGCCAGAGAACUAGAGGAGAUCUGGCAGAAAUCGAACGGCUCCGAUUAACCCACCUCUCGCCACAGAAUAAGAAAAAUGAAUGCGAAGCACCAAAUUAAAGUGGACCCAACAAAGAAAUUAGUGUAGGGUUCCUUUUUUCCUUGAGAAAUUUUUGGGACCACUACAAAAGUGCCACGUAUAUGGCUCAACCUUUCUUAUUCGACCCUUAAAUGAGUAGGCAUUUUGUAAAAUCGUGAUAUGCCUACGUCAUAAAAUAAGAAUGGUUGGAGACUAUCACUGAAACUCAUAAUUAUACAAAAAUUUCUCUUUUAAUUAAGUGUAAUGUCCCUGUGCGUUUCUAAAAAAUUACUUUUUAAUAUUUAUAUUUAUAUAUUCAUAUAUUUAUUAU